GUUCCUUGGCUUUCAACCAAUCACACUUUCUUAGUAUCUUGUUAAUUUUAUGAAAUUUUGUCAUAUUCAUAAUAUGAUAUGUAUGUGCUCUGAAUCUGAUCUCCCUUACAUGGUUUUUGAACAUAUGACCUAGGUUUCUUUCCCAAAAUAAAACAUUUUCAUUUUGCCUUUUGGUUGCCAGAUCCCAAUGCUUAACUUGUUUUUUUAUGCAUGAUGCAGGAGCUGGACAAGUCAAAACCUGUCAUUUUGAUAGGCGAUCUCAAUUGUGCACAUGAAGAGAUAGACAUUUAUGACCCUAUUGGGAGUGUUUCAAAAUUUUUAUCUUUUUGCUAGGCUUUUUGCUUAUGAUGUUAUGAGUCAUGCCAUUAAAUCCAUGGAUUGUUUUAUCUUUGAUCUUUCAUGCCUGGAUGGAUCAGGCAAUUGUGGAAACAUAUAGUGUAGCCACGGCUGUGCUUGCACUGCUUGCAGUUGCAGAUGCUCCUAGCAAAUUGAAGUGGACACACUUUAUGUUAGUAAUUUAUUUUCAUGUUAGUUGCUUCAAUUUAUGUGGGAAUAAAAGGAUUGCUGGGUUUACAAAGGAAGAAAUGCCGUCUUUUCGAACAAACUUCAUAUCCAGGGGGUUUGUGGAUACCUUUAGAAAGCAACAUCCUGAUGUGAUUGGCUGUACUUACUGGGGUUAUCGCCAUGGUGGCCACAAAACUAAUAAAGAUUGGCAGCUUGACUACUUUCUCGCCUCAGAAUCCAUUGCUGACAAGGUUUACGAUUCAUACAUUCUUCCUGAUGUUACCGGUAUUGAUCAUUGCCCCAUCGGCCUUAUACUGACACUGUAGUUGAACCGUCAGUAUUUUAGCUAUCGUCCAGAGUCUUCAGACUAUCAGAUGGAAUCAACCCAAAAAACCAACUUGCAAGAAGCUUGAUGGUGUGGACAGUUGGAAAAUGUAAGUGACCGUUUUGCUGCCCUAAUCCCAGUGAGAAAAAUUGCUUCAUAGCUUAACUUAUGCUACCAGCUCUGGUUUUCUUUCCCUCAUGAACAUAUUUGUCAAAUAUUUUUCAAGGUCAUUUCCCAUGGGGGAAGGGGGUAGAACUUAAAAUUUUCGGAGAUCUUACUGAAAUUUUGGUUAGUUGGUGAUUGUACCCUCUAUUUUCCUGAUGCGAUAUCCACUUUGUGGUAGUUGUUUAGAAUUUUCCCUUUUAACAAUAUUUGACUCAAUCAAUCACACCAUACAUCCUAGGGAUGUGCAAGAUUUUGUGAUAACGAAGGAUGUGGGGAGAGUCAAACCACAGUCGGGCAAAUUGAUUGACCGGUCAGUUUUAAUCAGUUUGGCCAAUCAAUCGGUUGCAAAAUCGUUCUUAUUGCUCGCUGGUUUGACCGUUUUGACUGGAUAAUCUGGUCUAGUCUUGAAAACACUUAUAACGUGUGAUUAUCUGUUAGAUAAAUCAAUAUACAUUCACUUGUUUU